GUUCUGAGCUCCUGAUCCCUCCUCACCCCUCUGUAGCCGUUUUCCUCACAGAUUCUACACCACCCAACACUCCAGCCCUUCGACACCGUAGUCAAGAUGGCCUCUCCACAGCAACUCCGCACAAAGCUUACUGAUCUGCUUAAGAUCCAGCACCCCGUCAUCCUAGCUGGUAUGAACGUGGCUGCUGGACCUAAGCUUGCUGCUGCUGUAACCAACGCUGGUGGUCUUGGUGUCAUCGGUGGUGUUGGCUACACACCAGACAUGCUGCGUGAGCAGAUUGCCGAGCUCAAGGGCUACCUGAACGACAAGAAUGCGCCGUUCGGUAUUGAUCUUUUGCUUCCCCAGGUUGGCGGAAGCGCGCGCAAGACCAACUACGAUUACACCAAGGGCAAGCUGAACGAGCUCGUCGAUAUUGUCAUCGACUCUGGCGCCAAGCUCUUUGUCUCUGCUGUCGGUGUUCCCCCUAAGGCCGUCGUCGAGAAGCUCCACAAGAACGGCAUUCUCUACAUGAACAUGAUUGGUCACCCCAAGCACAUUAAGAAGUGCCUGGACCUCGGUGUCGACAUCAUCUGCGCACAGGGUGGUGAGGGCGGUGGACAUACGGGCGACACACCCACAGCUGUUUUCAUCCCUGCGGCUGUCAAGAUGGUCGAGGGCCACAAGUCGCCUCUCACCGGCGAGCAGGUGCAGAUUGUUGCUGCUGGCGGUAUCUUCAACGGCCAGUCGCUCGCUGCCAUGCUUAACUUUGGCGCUAGCGGAGUCUGGGUUGGUACCCGCUUUGUCCUCUCUGAGGAGGCCGGUGCCCCCAAGGCUCACCAGGAGGCUGUCCGCACAGCUGGCUUCGACGACAACAUCCGUACAAUUAUCUUCACAGGACGUCCCCUUCGUGUCCGCAAGAACCCAUACAUCGAGGACUGGGAGGAGAACAGGGCAGCUGAGAUUAAGGAGCUAACCAGCAAGGGCAUCUUGCCCGUUGAGCACGACCUCGAGAAGCUUGGUGACGACCUUGAUGAUGACACAAUGGACAACGCGCGACCCUUCCUGAUGGGCAAGGUCGCCGCUGUUGUCAACGAGAAGAAGAACGCAAGGGAGAUCGUAGACGAGCUCGUUGGGGAUGCUGUCAAGUGGCUGCAGACCACGAACGGGUACAUUGUCUCCAAGGCGAAGCUAUAAGCCUCGCACGGAUGUGUCUACUUCAUUAAGUAUUUCAGCAUGUUAUGGAAGUCUAUUAUCUUCUCUAUCUCUUUGC